GUGUGAGGGGGGAGGAGGCGCCGCGUCCGGUGGCAAUUCCAACAGACUUCAGCGGACGAAUCGCUUGGGCUUUUCUUGCCCUCCCCAGAGGAGGAAAUAAAUUCACCGGCUCAGUCCCGGAGCGGAGGAGGAGGAGGAGGAGGAGGUCCGGGGUCGCUGGUGGCCCAACAGACGGUGCAGACAAUGGGCUUCAGCUCGGACCUGUGGUGCCCGCAGAGCCACACCAUCCUGCUGCGGCUGCAGGACUCGGAGCUCCGGCUGAUGGACGUGAUGAAGAAAUGGAUGACUAAUCGCGUGCGGAGCGACAAGGAGUACUCCGGCUUACUCCACCAGAUGUUCUCGCAAGCGGAGAGGCAGGAGAGCAGCCUUCAGGCAGGAGGGGGUGAUUACAUCAGCCAGCUCAACAAGUCCUGGGCGACGAUUGUGAAUCAGACGGAGGUGUUGAGUCGGGUGAUGAGGAAGCAUUCGGAAGACCUGAGCUCAGGGCCGCUGAACAAGCUGGCCCUUCUGAUCCGUGACAAGCAGCUGCUGAAGAAGAGCUACAGCGAGCAGUGGCAGCACAUCAAUCAGGAAGUGCUGAAGAACACACAGAGUGAAAUUGAGAAAUUGAAGUCACAAUAUCGGCAGCACGCCAAGGAAGUGAGUGCAGCAAAGAAGAAAUUUCACGAGGCCAGUAAAGACAGGGAGCGGGACAAAAUGAAAGACAAGUACGUCAAGGCCACCAUGAAAAUGCACAUCCUCCACAACCAGUACGUCCUGGCUGUCCGCUCAGCCGAGGUCCACCACCAGCAGUAUUACCAGCAGGAGUUACCGGGGUUGCUGGACGCUCUGCAGGAGCUGCACGAGGAGAUGGUUCACAUCCUCAAGGACAUUUUGCAGGAAUACCAUGAGCUGACGAGCCUGGUGCAGGAGGAAGUGGUGACGGUUCACCGGGAGAUCAGCAACGCUAUUGAAGCCAUUGACCCACACAGAGAGUACAACAGCUUCAUUGAGCAGAACAGGUCAGUGACCGAGGUGCCCCCGCUCGUCACCUUUGACACCAGCCUCCUGGAGGACUUGGACGACUUGCAAGUGGGGGAGUUACAGGUCAACGACCUGACCAUCGAAUCGGUGCAGCACAGUCUAACGUCCAUCGAGGAGGAGCUGCAGUCUCUGACAGAGACCAUCGACAACCGACAGGCAACCAGCAGACAGAUCUCCAUAGAAAUAAGCGCGGAGGAGCAGUCCGCUGGCUUCCGGUCACGCGUCUACGUCUUCAGCAAGAAGUGUGCUCUGGAGGAGAGUCACCAGCAGGUGCGGGCACUGCUGUUGAGCAGGGCACGGCUGGAGGGCCAGAGGCAGCUGCUGGUCCACAAGCUGAAGGAGCUGGGGGACAAGGAACCCCCGCCAGCCCUGGGCAUGGACGACGACCGCUACUCCAUCACCUCAGCGGGAAAGGAUGGGGUCCGACCCAUGACCCUGGAAUCGCUGAAGAACCACAUCUCAGGGCUCUUCAAGCCCAAGUUCAGUCUGCCUCCGCUGUUGCCCAUUGUGCCAGCUGUCCAGAAGCCGCUGAGCCAGCAGGCCUGGUACCACGGUGCCAUCCCCCGGAUGGAAACCCUGCAACUCCUGACCACUGAGGGGGACUUCCUGGUGCGAGAGAGCCAGAACAAGGGGGAGUACGUUCUGUCCGUGAUGUCCGCGGGGCAGUGUCGCCAUUUCAUCAUUCAACACACAGACUCGCAGUAUCGGUUUGAUGGUGACGGUUUUCCCACAAUCCCUCUGCUCAUCGACAACCUCUUGAAGACUGGGCAACCCAUCACCAAGAAAACCGGAGCUACCUUGAUCAAGCCCAUUGUUAAGGACAAGUGGGUUCUGGACCACGAGGAUGUUCUAAUCGGGGAUCAGAUCGGCCGGGGCAACUUUGGUGAGGUGUUCAGCGGGAGGAUGAGGAAUGACAACACUCUGGUAGCCGUCAAGAUGUGCCGUGAGAACCUGCCGGCUGAGCAGAAGAACAAGUUCCUCAUGGAGGCCAGGAUCCUGAAGCAGUACGACCACCCGAACAUCGUCCGGCUGAUCGGUGUCUGCACCCAGAAGCAGCCGAUCUACAUCAUCAUGGAGCUGGUGCAAGGAGGGGAUUUCUUGACGUUUUUACGGAAUGAAGCCAACCGACUCAGCACCAAAGACCUGAUAAAGAUGGCGGAGAACGCCGCGGCAGGGAUGGCCUACCUGGAGAGCAAGCACUGCAUCCACAGAGAUCUGGCAGCUCGGAACUGCCUGGUUUCAGAGAAGAAUGUUCUGAAGAUCAGUGAUUUUGGGAUGUCUCGCGAGGAAGAGGACGGGGUCUACUCCUCCACAGGAGGGAUGAAGCAGAUUCCAAUCAAGUGGACGGCCCCUGAGGCACUCAAUUACGGCAGGUUCACGACUGAGAGUGACAUCUGGAGUUAUGGAGUGCUGCUGUGGGAGACCUUCACUCUGGGCUCAACCCCAUACCCAACAAUGACAAACCAGCAAACUCGGGAGGAAAUUGAACAAGGCUUCCGUAUGAGUUCUCCAGACUCCUGCCCGGAAGAAAUUUACAGCAUAAUGACCCGUUGUUGGCAGUAUGAUCCAAAGAAACGGCCGAGUUUCAGUACUAUCCACCAGGAACUUAUAAACAUAAGGAAGAAAUGGAAAUGAAGCUGGAAGAAAUGCAUUCUGCAGACAGCCCCUGUUCCCCGGAGUGUGUGUGCGCUGUACACAGAGGCUAACAGACUGGGGAGUAACAUUCGAAUGUUUAAUGUCUUAGGGAUGCUUGUGUUGCUAGUAAUGCCUAAGAAUGCAUGUGUAAAGUACUUCCAAUGUGUGUUUUUUAUUCCUUGCAUUAUAUCAUAAGGGGUAAAUACUUCCUCUCUCAGGCAGUCUGUGUCAUAGUCAAACAGCUGCAGUGUGUGGAUCUGCCUUUCUGCUGAGCCAACAGUUUGGUUCAACCUCGGCUUUGGCAGGGAGCCGAUGCUGCUCUCGUUUCACCCUUUCUCCUCCUGUAGCCACAAGGAACCGGCGUGAGACUGCCCAGGGAUUCCCUGACAAGGGGUCAGUGCCCUCCUGGGCAGGGAGGCAGCUCCAGGCAAGUCGCAAGAUGAUAAUUCACGAUGACAGGAUGGUAGCUGCCGAGCACAGGUUGUGUCACCCCCCCACCCUUUCAUUCCCAAGGAAGUAUUGAGCCAUUCCACUGGAGUAGGACUGGCACUUUUCUCCAGUUCUAUGAUCUUAAUUCCCUUUGCUUGGAAGGUCUGGGCAACAGUCCUCUUCUGUCACUUCAUCCAAGAGUUCACAGCUCUCCCUGGUCAAAGUAGUGGUGGCUGGUGGUUCAUUUACUGGGCUGGUAUGAUGAGUCCUGGACCAUUGGUCCAGAGCUUCACUUUGAAUCCCACCACAGCUGCUGAGGAAUUUAAAUUCAUUUAAAUAAGUUUGAUGUAAAAAGCUGGUAUUAAUUUCCAUGAAACUACCAGACUUCAGUAAAAGCUUGAUCUGCAGGGAGCGCUGGUUCCUUUGGGGAGGGAGAUCUGCCAUCCUUACCCAGUCUGACUCCAGACCCAGUAACACAGCUCAUUAACUGCCUCCUAAGUUCACUCAUGCUGAGUAAAUGCUGAUAUUUCCAGCACAGUCCACCUCCUGGGAAUGAGUACAUUUACUCUAGAACAUAGAACAGUGGCCCACGAUGUCUGCACCAGCAUGACGCCAAAUUAAUCUCUUCUGCCUGCACAUGAUCAAUAUCCCUCCCCCCUCUGCAUAUUCCUGUGCCAUCUAAAAGUCUUUUAAUGCCACUAUGAGGUCUGCAAGGACCAUUCAGGAUCCUUGGGAAUCACCACAUGGUAACCAGGAGGUUGAAACGUGGACCACCAACUUAAGUUUGUUCUCCUGGUGGGUCAGGGGAUGAUUGGACAGUUGUUACCUCACAGUGUAAAGUGAUGUUGAGCCUACAAUUCCCACGCCAACUGGAGCACUGUGGAACCCUCAGAAAUUUCCACAGAUUGGGUGAUUAAUUUUGGGAAUACUUGCCAAAUUAUUCUUACCCAACCGUGCAAUCUUCCUGUACAGACUAACAUGUUGAGUAUUGACUCUGUUCUGCAGGGACACCCAAACCUUGGGCUGUGGCCAAAUCUGACCCUGCACCCUACAGUCCAGCUCAGGGACUGCUUGCCUUUGUGUUUGUACUUUGACUUUUUCUUUGAAUUUUAUGAGUUUGGAAGCUUGAAAUGUUUUGCUGUCUUUUUGUUUGAUAAAAUUAGAGCAAGAAGGUCUGAUAAUCUCAGCAACAGAUUGAUGGGAACAUUAAUUAAAACUUCAAGAAACCAUAUGUAAAGCCAAAAAGUUUGCUCCUUGUGUACCCAGUGCUCCUCUGCAAGUGAAGUGCAGCCAUCUGCUCAGUAAUAAAGCUUAAAAUGGAGUGUUUUAAAUGUU